CGGCGAUGGAGUUGGACUCACACUCGUCCACCAUCCAGCAGUGGAUAAGACCUGUGGCUGACGGUGGUGGUGGUGGUGGUAGUUGUGUUGUUGGUUGAUGGUGGUGGUGAUGGUUGAUGGUGGUGAUGGUGGUGGUGAUGGUUGAUGGUGGUGGUGAUGGUUGAUGGUGGUGAUUGAUGGUGGUGAUGGUAAUGAUGGUGGUGGUGAUGUUAAUGAUGGUGGUGGUGAUGGUUGAUGGUGGUGGUGAUGGUUGAUGGUAGUGGUGAUGGUUGAUGGUGAUGUUAAUGAUGGUGGUAAUGGUGGUGGUGAUGGUUGAUGGUAGUGGUGAUGGUUGAUGGUGGUGGUUGAUGGUGGUGAUGGUGAUGUUAAUGAUGGUGGUGAUGGUGGUGGUGAUGGUUGAUGGUAGUGGUGAUGGUUGAUGGUGGUGGUGAUGGUUGGUGGUGGUGAUGGUGGUGGUGAUGGUUGAUGGUGGUGAUUGAUGGUGGUGAUGGUGGUGAUGGUAAUGAUGGUGGUGGUGAUGUUAAUGAUGGUGGUAAUGGUGGUGGUGAUGGUUGAUGGUAGUGGUGAUGGUUGAUGGUGGUGGUUGAUGGUGGUGAUGGUGAUGUUAAUGAUGGUGGUGAUGGUGGUGGUGAUGGUUGAUGGUAGUGGUGAUGGUUGAUGGUGGUGGUGAUGGUGGUGAUGUUAAUGAUGGUGGUGGUUGAUGGUAAUGAUGGUGGUGAUGGUUGAUGGUAGUGGUGAUGUUAAUGAUGGUGGUGGUUGAUGGUAAUGAUGGUGGUGAUGGUAAUGAUGGUGGUGGUUGAUGGUAAUGGUGGUGAUAGUAAUGAUGGUGGUUGAUGGUGGUGAUGGUGGUGGUGAUGGUUGAUGGUAGUGGUGAUGUUAAUGAUGGUGGUGGUUGAUGGUAGUGGUGAUGGUGGUGAUGGUAAUGAUGGUGGUGGUGAUGGUUAUGAUGGUGGUGGUGGUAAUUAUGGUGGUAAUGGUGGUGGUUGAUGAUGAUGAUGAUGGUGGUGUUGGUGAUGAUGGUGGUGGUGAUGGUUAUGAUGGUGGUGGUGGUAAUUAUAGUGGUAAUGGUGGUGGUUGAUGAUGAUGAUGAUGGUGGUGUUGGUGAUGAUGGUGGUGGUGAUGGUAAUGAUGGUGGUGGUGGUGAUGAUGAUGAUGAUGCUGGUUAGGGUUAUUAGGGUUAGGUUGAUGGUGGUGGUGAUGGUACUGAUGGUGGUGGUGAUGAUGGCAGUGAUGAUGAUGGAGGUGGUGAUGAUGAUGGCAGUGAUGAUGGUGGAGGUGAUGGUGGUGAUGGUGUUGAUGGUGAUGGUUGAUGAUGGUGGUGGCUUUGAUAGUGUUGAUGGUGAUGAUUGUGGUAUUGAUGGUGAUAGUGUUGGUAGUGGUGGUUGAUGUUGAUGGUGGUAAUGGUGGUGGUGGUGUUGGUAGCUUUGAUAGUGUUGAUGGUGAUGAUUGUGGUGUUGAUAGUGAUAGUGUUGGUAGUGGUGGUUGAUGGUGGUAAUGGUGGUGAUGAUGAUGGCAGUGAUGAUGGUGGAGAUGAUGGUGGUGAUGGUGGUGAUGAUGGUGAUGAUGGCAGUGAUGAUGAUGGAGUUGAUGGGGAGCGGUGGUGCAGCGGUUAGCGCUACGCUGCGCUACGAACCGGGCGACCUGAGUUCGAUUCCCGCUCACGACCACCAACACCACCGGUGACGAUUAUCUGAACCGGUCCUGGGCCUCCCCUAGGUCGACUCAGCCUCAAAUGAGUACCUGGUGCGGUGUGUAGUAAACAUCGCCACUGGGGAGACAAAGGCGGCCGGGCGUGGUGCUACUGGCUUCCCACUAGGCCUCAGCAAGCCGGUGCGGCCAGUUGACCGGCGUGACAUGGCCGGCAACGGCGAUGCCGGUGGACCCCCCUGCGGCGCCGGCGGUGCCGGCGGCGGCGACGGCGGUGACGAUGGCGGCGGCUGCUGCCGGGAGGACGACGUCGCUAGAGGAGGGGCCCCGCUGGUGCUGGUGCACAGCGGGUACCUGCGCAAGACCAACCGCCUGCGCAGGCAGUUCUUCACCCUGCGGGCACGGCUGAGCGGCGCGGCGCCCGGCUCGACAAGCCGCCGAGACGCUGACACCUCGGCGGCGGGCGCCGGCGGGGGAGGAGGGGUGGUGGUGCCGGUUGGCCGGGCGACCGGGACGACGGCGAGUGGCGACACGGAGGAGGCCGUGUCCAGGGAGCGCAUGGAGAGGCUGCUGAGCUGCACGGAGGCGCUGCUCAGAGACACGGAGGCGCUGGUCGGGGGAGACGCGGCGGGGCCGAUGGGGAGGGGGGGCGGGGGGGAGGAGGAGGAGGAGGCACCGGCGAGGGGAGACGCCGCUAUUUUUGGAACGGGAGGCGCGGAGACGCUGGGAAUAGGAGACGGAGAAACACGACCGCGUGGAGAGGCCGAUAUUUUUGGAAUGGGAGGCACGGAGACACCUGGCAGAGGAGACUGGAUGACAAUCGGCAGAGGAGACACGGAGACACCUGGCAGAGGAGACACGGAGACACUCGGUAGAGGAGACACAGAGACGACGCAGCUCGGAGACACGACGCAGACGCCGGCGUUGGGUGGCGCGGGGGCGCCGGCCGCGCCGGGAAUCGCCGCGGAGACCGGGGCCCGGCGGGCCGCCGGUGAUGCUCCGCCGGCACGGGACGGCGGCCCCCGGCUGAGCGACGCCGUCCUGGAGUGGCACGACAGUCGGCGCGGCUGGGAGCGGCGGGCCGGCGGGGCGGAGGCCGUCCGGGGCCGCCGCUGCGUGCCGUUGGCGGGCCUGCAGGCGCUGGCGCUGAGGCGGGACGCGCGGGGCCGCGACUCGCUGCUCCUGCUGGCGGCGGACGGCCGCUGCAUGUCCCUGACGGGCGCCGGCGGGGAGGAGAUGAGGCGGUGGCACCGCUUGGUCGCCGCGGGCGCGGAGCGGCAGCCGGAGUACCGCGACGUGUGGCUCGUCGGCGUCAAGGCCCGGGGUCUGGCCUCCCCGCUGCGUCUCCCCUCCGGCGUCCCCCACUGCCUGUGCCUGGGCCCUGCGGCCCUCUCCCUGGUGGCGGUGGCGGCCACGACCCGCGGCCCCACGCCGGCGCCGCCGCCGCCGCCGCCGGGCCCCCGCGUCGUCCUCCCCCUGGGCCGCCUGCUGCUGUGCUGCGGCCGCUCGGGGGCCCUCGUGGGCCUGCGGGUGGCCGGCGACCCCCCCGGCGAGCUGUGGCUGGACGCCCGCGACGAGGCCUGCGCCGAGAGCCUCCGCGGCGCGCUGGCCCGGGCCCUCGGCCGCCCCCGCGGCCUUCCCGGGGACGAGGACCCGGCCCUCCGCCCGCGUAGCCACAGCCACUCCAUCCUGCUCCCUUCCCCGCCGUCUCGCCCCUCCUCCUCCUCCCCCUCCUCGUCGUCGUCUUCGUCGGUCAAGCCCCCCGGGAGCCCCUCGCUCGGCCGCCUUCCGGGCCUAGGCUGGGUGUCGCCGCUGUUCCGCAUCCGCGCCUCCAGCGAGGGAGACAAGACGAUGCCGCAACGGUUCCGGCGUGGUGCCGGCGCCGGCGGCGGCGGCGGUGCCGCAGCGAGCCCCACUGGAAUCCUGCGCUCGCUGUCUCUGCAGCGGGCGGCCAGGCACGCCGCCAGCAGACUCGGCUUGCAGCAGCAGCAGCAGCAGCAGAAGCAGCAGCAGAAGCAGCAGCAGCAGCAGCAGCAAAGUGGCGGCAAGGCAGCAGCGGCAGCAUCGGCGGUGACGCUGAAGAUUCCGUCAUCGUCGGCGGCGGCGUCCCACAAUCCCACGCUGACCUACACCUUCUCGUCCUGUUCGUCAGCUUCCUCCUCCUCCCCCUCCUGCUCCUCUUCGGACGACGGCGGCGGCGGUGAGAAGGAGGAGAAGCUUGUGGUGAAGCGGAGGGUUCGUGACGGUGGUGGCGGUGGUGGCGGUGGUGGCGGUGGUUGCCUCGUGCUCAGCCGGUCUGCGCCGAACAGCGCCUGCGGUUUCAGACGUCCCACGGACAAAUCCUUCCGCAAGCGAAGCUGUUCGGGCGUUGCCUCCUCCUCCUCAUCCUCAUCCUCCUCUGCCGCCACCGCUGCUGCUGCUGCUGCCGCAUCGUCAUCAUCAUCAGCGGCACUUCUAUCGCCGUCGUCGGCGGCGGCGGUGGCAAACGGAGGUCCGGUGGGACGUGAUGGCGGGUGGAGGAGGUGCGCUAGUGCGGCGUACCCAGAGGAUUACGGUGAACUGGACCUGAGCGGCGGACGUGGUGGAGGAGGUGGUGGUGGUGGAGGUGGUGGAGGAGGUGGUGGUGGUGGAGGAGGUGGUGGUGGUGGUGGAGGAGGUGGUGGAGGUGGAGGAGGUGGUGGACAUGGAGGUGGUGGUGGUGGAGGAGGUGGUGGAGGAGGUGGUGGGGGAAGAGGAGCAGCUGACUACAUGCCCAUGAAUCCGUCGGCCAGGAAGGAGGAGCCCACACAGGGGGGCUACAUGCUCAUGUCCCCCACCGCCCCUCGCCAGGAAGACGGCUACGUCCCCAUGCAGUUCGCUCCUCGCCCCAGCGCGCAACAGAAGCAGCAGCAGCAUCAGCACCACCAGAAGCAGCAUCAGCACCAGCACCACCACCAGCAGCACCACCACCACCAUCAGCAACAGCAGCAGCAGCAGAUGGUAGCGACGAAUCCUGACGCCGAUGACUCCAAGGGGGGCGGCAAGAUGGCCGCCACGCCGGCAGCGUCCGUGGGGGGUGGCGGCAAGAUGGAUGCCGCCACCAUGUCGUCGAAGCCGGGUGCGGCCGCCUCAACCGCGACGGCGGGCGGUGACAGUGACGGCGGCGGUGAUGGCGGCGGUGACGGCGGCGGUGACGGCGUCACCGCCGUGGCUUCCGUCGUCUGGAAGGGGGGCGGCAAUAUGGCCGACACCAGCAUGGCGUCGAAGGCGAGCGGUGGCGGCGUGGCCGCCUCAACCGCGACAGGGGGCGGCGGCGGCGGCGGCGACGUCACCGUCACCGCCACCGUCACCGCCGUGGCUUCCGUCGUCCGGAAGGGGGGCGGCAACAUGGCCGCUAGCGGGGAACCGGUGCGGCUGAGGCUCGGCGACGGCUCGCGCGGCUCCACGGGCGACUACGUGCCGAUGAGGGCCGUGCCGGGCGACGGCGCCGGCAGCUACGAGGUCAUGAGCUUUCCCGGGACCCGGUCCGGGAAUGUGGAGUUGGCGGCGGGGGCUCCUGCGGCGAGAUUCGGAGUCGAUCCCGACGAGGGUGCGAAGGUCGUGCGUGUCGGAGAACAGGUGCGGCGAAGACGCAGCUCCGAGACUUUCCCUCCCCACGUCACCGUGACCCCGGCCGCGACCCCGGCCGUGACCCCGGCCGUGACCCCGGCCGCGACCCCGGCCGUGACCCCGGCCGCAGACCCUGGGGGUGAGCCCCAGGCCGGGACUCGGGGAGACGCGGAGGAGACGGCAGCGGCCGCUGCUCUGCUCGUCGCCACGGAGACGUAGAGGGGGGGACGCGCGGGGACACGCGGGGGACGCGGGGACACGGGGGGAGGGAGACACGGGAGACGCGGGGACGAGGGGAGGGAGACACGGGGGGAGGGGGACGAGGGAGACGCGGGGACGAGGGGAGGGAGACA